AUGUCAGCUCCCGCCGCAUCUGCGACAACUACUCCCGCUCCGGUAUCCGCUCAGGCUGCCGCUUUGGAGCAGCAGCGUAAGCAGCUCUCUGCUUCUGACGUCCUCGGCAAGGCCACCGCAGCCGCCUUCCGUGGUGGUAUUGCUGGUGCCUCUGCCCAGGUCGUUAACGUGUUCGCCCUUAUGUGGAUGCGUACCACUAUGAACUAUCAGUAUCGUUAUGGUGGUCACCUCGGUGAGGUCCUCAAGAAGCUCUAUUCUGAGGGCGGUGUUCCUCGAUUCUACCGUGGUCUCGUCCCUGCAUUGAUCCAAGCCCCCAUGUCCCGUUUCGGUGAUACUGCUGCCAACGUUGGUGUGUUGGCCCUUUUGGAUAACACUCAGGCCACCCAAAACAUGCCCAUCGGUGUGAAGACUGCUUUCGCGUCUUGUGGUGCCGCAUGCUUCCGUGCUUUCCUCAUGCCUAUUGAUGCUUGGAAGACCACCAAGCAGGUCGAGGGUGAGGCUGGUAUGAAGGUUCUCAUCAAUAAGGUGAAGACUCACGGUAUCACGAAUUUGUGGCAUGGUACUCUCGGUGCCAUGGCCGCCACCUGGGUUGGCCAUUACCCGUGGUUUGUCACCCAUAACACUUUGAACGCUCACUUGCCUGAAUUCAACUUCAAGCAUGGCAAGUACGUUCGUAAUGCCCUACUAGGUUUCUGCUCAUCCUUCGUGUCCGAUUGCAUUUCGAACUCCCUUAGGGUGCUCAAGACCACUAAGCAGACUUCCCAGGUACCUCUGAGCUACCCUCAGGCUGUUAGGGACAUCGUCGCUAAGGACGGUUAUGCUGGUCUUUUCGGUCGUGGUCUUGCUACCCGUAUUAUCACCAACGGUAUGCAGGGUAUGUUCUUCUCUGUCAUGUGGAAGGCCUUCCAGGAGACUCUUGAUAACAGGGCUAAGGAGAAGCAGCGUCAGGCCCUUCUCAAGUCUGCGUAA